CGCCUGGACGCUGCAGCGUUUUGAGAGUGUUUCCAACCCUGGAUAGGAGGGAGGAGGCAGGAGGAAGGAGAUAAUGUCCAAAUCCUGACCGUGUUCAUUGUUUUAUUUUUUUUUUUUUAAAAAAAAAGAAAAGCAACUCUGAUAAAUAGCAAAUCGAAUGGAUCGGCGAUCCGUUUGCGAGCGCUAAAACACGGUCAGAGUGUCAUUGCAGACAUGGGUCGCAGCGGUACGGCACCUUUCGCUCAGCUCCUUGGGGAGUGUUUUCACUGUCAGUCCUUCAGCGCUGGAAAUGGCGUUGUGAUGCUGAGCAUGGAAGACGCAGCGGAGGCGGAUGCCAAGGAAUAAAGAAAUAUAUGAUCACCUGUGCUUUUCUUUGGGUUGGUUUUUUAGUAGCGGUGGACAGUACCAUGGUGAAUUACCAGAAAUACAUUACUGUUAUGCAGCUGGCUCUGGGGGUGACCGCCUCCAACAAAGAACAUUGUCUUCCACCCAGGAAGCGAAUGUGGCAUCACCCCAGCCCGACCGCUGGCUCCGUCACGGCUGCCUCUUCUGCUAGCACUGGUCAGGGCAAGCCGUCACUCCGCCGCAUCAAGGGCCGCAUCCACAGAAGCAAGAGCUUGGACAGUAUCGAUCUCCUGGACUCUAAUAGUGCAGCAAUGGAGGAGACAGUCAUUUGGGAACAGCACACAGUAACACUACACAGGGCACCAGGGUUUGGCUUCGGGAUAGCCAUAUCAGGAGGUCGAGAUAACCCUCAUUUUCAGAGUGGUGAGACCUCUAUUGUCAUCUCGGACGUGCUGAAAGGAGGUCCAGCAGAAGGCCUACUGCAGGAAAAUGACAGAGUGGUUAUGGUCAAUGCCGUCUCCAUGGACAAUGUGGAGCACGCGUAUGCUGUCCAGCAGCUUCGCAAAAGUGGGAAAAUUGCCAAAAUUACAAUCAGACGAAAAAGGAAGGUGCAUGUCCCCAUGGGCCGCUUAGGGGAGAGGGAAACUAUGUCAGAGCAUGAUGAAGAAGAGGACAGCUAUGAAGAAGAAAUAUACGAGAUGCGGAGCGGACGCAGUGGUGCUUACAGUGGCGUAGGCGGGGCUAUGGGCAGACGCAGCGGCCGGAGUAGUGGGCGAAGGGACAGGGAACGUGAGCGUAGCGGCUCACGAGAGAGAAGUCUCUCCCCACGCUCAGACCGCCGCUCACACAAUCUCCCCCCACGCCCUGCCAAGGUCACGCUGGUCAAAUCUCGUAAAAAUGAAGCAGAAUAUGGCCUGCGCCUGGCCAGCCACAUCUUUGUCAAGGACAUUUCCCCUGAGAGCCUGGCAGCCAGAGAUGGCAACAUCCAGGAGGGGGAUGUUGUACUGAAGAUUAAUGGCACAGUGACAGAGAACCUCUCCUUGAUAGAUGCCAAGAAGCUGAUAGAAAGGUCAAAGGGCAAACUAAAAAUGGUUGUUCAGAGAGAUGAGAGGGCAACCCUGCUGAAUAUCCCUGACCUCGAUGACAGCAUUGCUUCAGCCAACGCUUCCGACAGAGAUGACAUUUCAGAUAUCCAUUCUUUGGCAUCCGACCAUUCCAAUCGAUCGCAUGACAGACACCGCAGCAGCCGCUCCCGCUCUCCGGACAGAAGAUCUGAGCCCUCAGACCACUCCAGACAUUCACCCCCACAAAUCAGCAAUGGCAGUCACAGAAGUCGUGACGAUGAUCGGAUCUCAAAGUCGGCUUCAACACCAGCGAAGCUAGCGGAGGAGAUUCCUCUGCCCAAACCGAAGGAGGCGGCCAUUGGAAGAGAGGAAAAACAGCUCCCACCCCUCCCAGAGCCCAAGCCGGUGUAUGCUCAGCCUGGACAGCCAGAUGUAGACCUGCCAGUGAGUCCCUCUGAUGCCCCAAUGCCAAGCGCUGCCCAUGAUGACAGCAUUCUAAGGCCAAGCAUGAAGUUGGUAAAGUUCAAGAAGGGGGAGAGUGUGGGUCUGCGGCUGGCUGGGGGGAAUGAUGUGGGCAUCUUCGUAGCUGGAGUGCUUGAGGAUAGCCCAGCUGCUAAGGAGGGCCUGGAGGAGGGUGACCAAAUUCUCAGGGUAAAUAAUGUAGAUUUUGCAAACAUAAUUCGAGAGGAGGCGGUGCUAUUCCUCCUGGAUCUUCCUAAGGGCGAAGAAGUCACAAUUCUGGCUCAGAAGAAAAAAGAUGUGUAUCGGCGGAUUGUGGAGUCCGAUGUGGGGGACUCUUUCUACAUCCGGACACACUUCGAGUAUGAGAAGGAAUCUCCAUAUGGGUUAAGCUUUAAUAAGGGCGAGGUGUUCCGCGUAGUGGAUACCCUCUACAACGGCAAGCUAGGUUCCUGGUUAGCCAUUCGCAUUGGCAAGAACCACCAGGAGGUGGAGAGGGGUAUAAUCCCCAACAAGAACAGAGCGGAGCAGCUCUCCAGUGUGCAGUACACGCUCCCCAAAACGGCAGGUGGCGACAGGGCGGACUUCUGGAGGUUCCGUGGUCUCCGCAGUUCGAAGAGGAACCUGAGGAAGAGCAGAGAGGACCUUUCUUCCCAGCCCGUCCAAACAAAAUUCCCAGCUUAUGAGAGAGUUGUACUGAGAGAAGCUGGCUUCCUAAGACCGGUUGUGAUUUUUGGACCCAUUGCUGAUGUUGCUCGAGAAAAACUCUCCAGGGAAGAGCCAGAUCUCUUUGAGCUUGCAAAAAGUGAACCAAGAGAUGCAGGAACAGAUCAGCGGAGUUCAGGAAUCAUUCGUCUUCAUACCAUCAAGCAGAUCAUUGACAGAGACAAACAUGCUUUGCUGGAUAUCACCCCAAAUGCUGUGGACAGGCUGAACUACGCUCAGUGGUACCCGAUUGUAGUCUUCCUAAAUCCCGAUAAUAAGCAGGGUGUGAAGAACAUGAGGACGAGACUUUGUCCAGAGUCCAGGAAGAGCGCCAGGAAGCUUUAUGAGCGAGCCAUUAAAUUGAGGAAGAAUAAUCACCACCUGUUCACCACAACCAUCAACUUGAACAAUAUGAAUGAUGGGUGGUAUGGUGCUCUGAAGGAAACCAUCCAGCAACAGCAGAAUCAGCUGGUGUGGGUGUCAGAGGGCAAGGCGGAUGGCACUACAGAGGAUGACCUGGACAUACAUGACGACCGUCUGUCCUACCUGUCGGCACCAGGUAGUGAAUACUCCAUGUAUAGCACAGACAGCCGCCACACUUCUGACUACGAGGACACGGAUACAGAGGGUGGAGCGUACACAGAUCAGGAGUUAGAUGAAACUUUGAAUGAUGAGGUGGGUCUGCCCACGGAGCCUGCCAUAACCCGCUCUUCAGAACCUGUGAGAGAAGACCCCCCUGUGAUUCAAGACACCCCUGGGUACCCUGGUUACCAGCAUGCUGUGCAGCCUGACCCAUCCAUCCGUAUAGACCCUGCUGGGUUCAAGAUGGCCGCUCCACAGCAGCAAGGCGAGGCUGCUCUGCCCAUGCCCUCGUUGCCUCCGACGGCGGUAGCUUCCCCUGCUGCUGAGCAGCCUGUACAGCUAGAGGGUGUGCACCUAGAGGAGUCGCCUGCUGCAGCCGCAGCUCCUCAGGCUGACUCACUUAACAGCCCCAGCCCUGCCCCUGAGCUUAUUCAGCCCCCUCCACCACCACCACCACCACAUGAACCCCACCCGUUUGGACCACCCGGUCCAGAACCAAAGAUGUACAAGAAAGACCUGUACAAUAUGGAGGACCCGGUGCGAAUCAACCAUGGUAUGAAGCAGUCUAUGAGCUACAGUCACCAGCCGCCGUACCAGGACAAACAGCCAUACCGUGAAUACGACCUCCCGCCUUACGGAUAUGAUGGCGGCGGCUACACAGAACCAAAGCCUCACAACACUGACUCUCACCUGCACUACGACAACCGUGUGCCUCAUUACAACGAACAGUGGCCACCCUACGACCAGCAGACCUCGUCCUCCCAGCCUGCAGGCUACCAGCCAGGCCACCAGCAACCCAUGGGCUACAGCCCCAGGUCCCCCUAUGAGGAUGGACCAGGAAGGGACUACAGCCCCCCUCAGCCACGCUAUGAUGAGGCCCCUCCAGUGGGCUAUGAUCCCAGACCACGCCAGAGUAAACCUGGACCCAUGCGUUAUGAUGAACCCCCUCCCCCUCCCCCAUCAGGUUAUGAUGCCCGUUCUCCGUAUGAGGCAGAAUCCUGCAGCUUCCCCAUUAAUUCACCUCGCUCACCAGAGCCGCCUAAGCAGUAUUACGGUGACUCUGGUCUGAGAUCCACCUACAUGCCUGGGCCUCCAAGCCGGGGUUAUAAGCCAGGAAUGCAUGAACCUAUGAUAAACUCUGAACCUAAAACAGAGACCCUGCCCUCUCCAUGUGAGCCAGCAGUCACACCAGGCUCCAAACCCCUUCCUCCUCCACCGCGGGAAGAUCUGGAUGAAGAUCCAGCCAUGAAACCGCAGUCGGUGCUCAACAGAGUCAAGAUGUUUGAGAAUAAACGGUCUGUUUCUAUGGACAGGGCUAAAGAGGGAGACUCAUCAGUGCUCAGGCCUGCAGAUGUUCCUAAACCUGUGACUGCACCAGGUCCAGUCCUCAAAGCCAAUUCCCUCAGUAACCUGGAGCAGGAGAAGUCCACCUAUAGGACUCCCGAGCCACAAAAACCUCAUACAAAGCCCCUAGAUGAUGUAGCACGCUCCAAUCAUUAUGACCCAGAUGAGGAUGAGGAGUACUACAGGAAGCAGUUGUCCUAUUUUGAUCGUCGUAGCUUUGACAGCAAGGCGAUGGGCCAACCUCCUCCUGGCAUUAACCGCUUCCAUGAUCUGCCCAAACCAGCUCAGCUGUCCUACCCAUACAACAGAGUGGAGUCUGUGGAGAAGGUGAGCCCAGUGGAGAAGAGAUAUGAACCCCUGCCCCAAAUCAGUCCUUCUUCACAGUACGGGCCCCCAGCAUCUGUCAUCCCACCAAACACGCUGCCCAAACUCAGCCCUAGUGAUGCUAACUCCACACCCGAACCUUUGAGCUCGCCCAAUCCAAAACCUGACCUGCCAGCUCUCAGGCCGACCAGCAGGGAUGAACCCACACCAGGGGGUUACCUGCAACCCAGGGGCUUACCUGAUAAAUCCCCAGUCAAUGGCACUGAACCAGCACCCCAAAAGACGCUGGGCGCUCCCACACCCACCAGCUAUAACCGCUACGUCCCCAAGCCUUACACCAGUGCAGCCCGGCCCUUUGAGCGCAAGUUUGAGAGCCCCAAGUUCAACCACAAUCUGCUGCCCAACGACACACAAGUGAAGGCUGACCUCCUCAGUAAGCCCAGUGUCGGGAGCAACAACAGUGGAAAACCUCAGCUGUCACCACAGCCCCUCGAUCACGACAGCGGUCUGGACACCUUCACGCGCACUAUGGACAACAGGCCCAAAUACCAGCACAAUAACAUCAAUGCCAUUCCCAAGGCCAUCCCUGUAAGCCCCAGUGCGCUGGACGAUGACGAUGAGGACGAAGGGCACACAGUGGUGGCCACCGCUCGGGGGAUCUUCAACUGUAACGGAGGGGUUUUGAGCUCCAUCGAGACAGGUGUCAGCAUCAUCAUCCCCCAGGGUGCCAUCCCUGAGAGUGUGGAGCAGGAGAUUUACUUUAAGGUGUGCCGGGACAACAGCAUCCUGCCCCCACUUGACAAGGAGAAAGGAGAAACGCUGCUAAGUCCGCUGGUGAUGUGUGGCCCUCACGGACUCAAGUUCCUGAAGCCGGUGGAGCUGCGCUUACCUCACUGUGCGUCUAUGACCCCUGAUGGUUGGUCUUUUGCUCUAAAAUCCUCCGACUCCUCGUCGGGUGAUCCUAAAACCUGGCAGAACAAAUCUCUUCCUGGAGAUCCAAACUACCUGGUGGGUGCAAACUGUGUGUCUGUGCUCAUCGACCACUUCUGAAGAGGGCAACAGCUGGCCUGUUACUGAAUGUGAUAAACCGGGGACCUCCGUUGCUCCUGCUGUGCCCCCUCCACCGUGGCGGGGUGCACACUGUUCAAUGAAGUAUGAACUUGAUCCUCUCACAUUGUUUACUGUGCCCAAAAUUUAAAAAAAGAAAACACACUCUCACACACACAAAUACACAAGGAGAGUUGGGAGGAGUCCAGCACCCCACACGGCUGUACUCUUGUUUCUUUAAUAUAUAUAUUUUUUUGUUUUCGGUGCUUUCAAGGCUUGCAAAAAACUAAGAUUAAAAGAAGUUAUCUAAACAAAGGAACUGAAGUUGGAAUGCAUGACCAGUGCCACAGACUGAAUGAUCACAUUUUGACAUUUUUAGCUAAUUUUGUAAAAGGUUAGAGCAGUGCAAGGAAAAAAGGUGAAUUUUGGAAACUUAUUUAAUAUUGCCAUGGGAUUUUUGUGUACUGUAAAAGAAAAAAAAAACUCACAAACAGCAAAGUUUGUAUAUGCAAAACUUUUGUUUGUGAGCUCAGUGGUCAUGCGUUUCACUCUUGAAGGAUCUCUGAGGACUUGGUGAGCCUGACUCAUGAAGGAAGAUGUAAUCGUCAUACAGAAGAAAAAAAAAAAAAAUACUAAAGAAUGAUGGUUAAGUAUUAGUGUCAGACGCCCGUUUUGUUGGAACGGAUCGCUCUCUGAUUAAACUGCUGUUUUGUAGAAAAGUUUUAUCGUAGAUAAAAAAAAAUACUGACUUGAUUUUACAAACUCCUGCUGUCUAGAGAUCUAUGCAUGUGCUAUGACUCAGGUCCAGAA